UGGAGGUUGUCAGGCUCCUGCAGCUAGCUGAAGAAGAAGAAGAAGAAGGAGAGAUCAGUGGUCAAGUACAUUGCCGUCGGCCAUGCUGUCCACCACUAGCUUGGCGGCGUCGCCGGCUUGCGUCCACCGGCGGCGGCACGGGGUGUUCUUUCUCGCGCCGAGGCGUGGUGGGGCGGCGUUCUUGGCCAGGGUCGAGCCCGCGGGGAGCCCGGGCGCCGUGCGCGCCGCCGGCUCCAAUCCCAUUGGCUGCCUCGAGCUGGAGCCGUGGAGCGGCGCCGCCGCGCCGCUGCCUGGCCACCUGGUCGCGGCGCCCGCGGACGACGACGUGCUCGGCGCCGUGUCGUCCGAGAAGAGGGUGCACGACGUCGUGCUGAAGCAGGCGGCGCUCGCGGCGAGGCCUCUGACGCCGGUGCUGCCGUUGGCAGAGCGAGAGCCGGAGCGCGUCGCCGGCAGCGGCGGCCUGAAGGCGGCCUUCGAUCGCUGCGGCGAGGUCUGCAAGGAGUACGCCAAGACAUUCUACCUCGCAACGCAGCUGAUGACGCCGGAGAGGAGGAGGGCGAUCUGGGCGAUAUACGUGUGGUGUAGGAGAACGGACGAGCUGGUGGACGGGCCGAACGCGUCGCACAUGUCGGCGCUGGCGCUCGACCGGUGGGAGUCGCGGCUGGAGGACGCCUUCGCCGGGCGCCCCUACGACAUGCUCGACGCCGCGCUCGCCCACACCGUCGCCGCCUUCCCCGUCGACAUCCAGCCGUUCAGGGACAUGAUCCAGGGGAUGCGCCUCGACCUCACCAAGCCCCGCUACGGCACCUUCGACGAGCUCUACCUCUACUGCUACUACGUCGCCGGCACCGUCGGCCUCAUGACGGUGCCGGUCAUGGGCAUCUCGCCGGACUCCACGGCGGCCACCGAGACGGUCUACAGGGGCGCGCUGGCGCUCGGCCUCGCCAACCAGCUCACCAACAUACUCAGAGACGUCGGCGAAGACGCAAGAAGAGGCAGGAUCUAUCUCCCGCUGGACGAGCUCGAGAUGGCCGGCCUCUCUGAAGACGACAUCUUCAGUGGCCGUGUCACCGACAGAUGGAGAGGCUUCAUGAGAGGCCAGAUCACGAGAGCGAGAGCGUUCUUCAGACAGGCCGAGGAAGGCGCCGCCGAGCUCAAUCAGGAGAGCCGAUGGCCGGUUUGGGCUUCUCUACUUCUGUACCGACAAAUCCUUGACGAGAUCGAGGCAAACGAUUACAACAACUUCACCAAGAGGGCCUAUGUCCCAAAGGCAAAGAAGAUCGUGGCUCUGCCUAAAGCUUACUACAGAUCACUCAUGCUUCCUUCUUCCCAGAGGCACUUCUCUAGCCUAACAUGAUCGUUGUUGCAAUUAUUGUUUUGCAAUGUACAAAGUAUUGCAGUAUCUGCUGCUGAUGUAUGUACAGUUCACAUCUUGUAUAGGGAAGUUCCUAUAAAAGUUUAGAAGUAUACUGUACUAUACUCUUGCACAGUGCUGUCAGUGAUGAGUCAGUCUACCACUCAUUGGCCCAUUGCUUCAGUCAGUCAGAAAGAUUAUGAAAUCUAGCAAUCAGCAUGGGUGCAAGAUGGGCAUAUACCCCACAAAGAUUUGCAAUGAACAAGUCAAAGUGCCAUUUGCUUUUAAUAAUUAAAAAAAUUGAUGUACAGAUGGCACCUUCUGAUGAAGGAUCAUUAGCAUGACUGCAUGAGCUCAGCAAAAUCUUGAACUCUGCCACUACUAAAUUCAGCUUA